AGCAAAUGUCAAUCCUGAAAUAAUGGUUUUCAAUCCAUUUUUGCAUGUAAUGCAGGAAAAUUAUUUCUCAAAUUGCAUUUUGAAGGUGAAUCUUGAAUGAGAAAUGCUUAUUAAGAGUAAGCGCAUAAUGAAAGUUUCUAGUACUAGCUGAAAUUCAGUACUUCAUGUUACUAUUUAAUUGACAUAUAUUAUUUAUUCAUGUUUAAGUAGUGAAUUUCAAUUAUUUAAUACACAUCAAUUAAAUGAUGACAGAAAUAUUGGUUUUAGUACUUUUGAAAUAUUAGAAAAUUUCAAUGAUUUGAUCUUCACCAUAGGUCAAAAGAAGAUUCUUUGCAUUUCUAAUGAACUGCGUUAACGGCAAUUCUUACAGCAAAAAAUAAAAAUAAAAAAUUCAACAACAUAUUUGGUGUUUUACAUGAUUUUUAAAUUACAAUAAAUGUAUGCUGAAAGGCCCUUUAAUAGUCGAAUAGUGUAAUGAAAAAAACUCCAGGGACUAAAUUGAUAUGUUCUUCAAAACUUUAGGGACCUUCCUCUUCUUUCAUUGCCCUAUGAGUCAUUUUUGUUCAUCAUUGAAUAAAAGAAAAAGAAACAAAGUUUUUCUUUAUUGUGUCAUUUACGUGGAAUUAUGAUUACCUUGUUCUGAAAAAUAAAAAUAUAUCUUUUUUUCUCUCGUUUAGCUAAGACAUUAUUAGGAUAAAUAAAUGUUACUUGGCUUCAAAACAAACAUAAAAAAUGUAACUUUAAAAGACGGUUGAAAUAUGAAAACUCCCGCGAAUUCCUUCCCUCUCAAGAAUACCAAACCCCGUGUCCAUGUCUCUCCCUCCAAGCCUGAAGUAGAUGGCAAUACCCUGAAACAAUCCCUUACCUUGUCCCCCAGAUAUCCCAACAAUCCCUUCUUCCAUCUUCCUCUCUGUGAUCCACCCAAUACUUCUUAAGCAAAGCAUAAUUUCCCUUCAUAUAAAUCCUAACUCAAUCAUAUUCCUCAACACUACAAUCCCAACAAAAGAUCACUUCAACAAAAAAGUUCCCUUCAAUUUCCCCAGAUUUUUCUUAUCCAAAAAAGCCCUCAGAACAAGCCCCGAUGGAAACACAAUUGGUCCUUCCAAAGUACUCCAAAACGGUAGUUUUAAAAUUUGUAUUUGGCCAAAGUGAUGGUGGUGUUAGGUUCAUUGGCCAGAGAGUGGUGGUUGGAGGAUGGGUAAAGUCCUCCCGGGCGGUAAGUAAAGACCCUGUGACGGCGGCUCCUGAUGCUGGAGUGCAUAAAGAUGUAACCUGUGUGGAAAUUCUUCAAUCUCGGUUUCCAUUUUUUCGGAGUAUUCUGAAGGUUUUAGGAGGUGCGGGGCAACAAAUUCGUGAUAAGUUGGAUACGGAUCUUCCUAUGCCACCACAGCUUACAGGUGCAAUCUUGCAAGUUAGUGAUGGUUCUUGUGUUGCUAAUCUUCAGGUUGUGGUAGACUCGUCCCUAGCUCCUCCGGUUAGAAUUAUGCCUAUAGGGACUUGUAUAUUGGCAGAAGGUAUAUUGCAGCAACCAUCAACGCAGGGGAAGCAAAUUAUUGAACUAAAAGCAGAGAAAAUUCUUCAUAUUGGGACAGUUGAUCAGGACAGAUAUCCUUUAUCGAAGAGACGUUUGCCCAUGGCAAAUUUGAGGGAUUCUGCCCAUUUUCGACAACGAACAACAACUGUAGCAUCUGUUAUGAGAAUCCGAAGUGCUCUUACACAAGCAACUCAUACCUUCUUCCAAGAAAAUGGCUUCCUUUUUGUGCAAGUGCCAAUAAUAACAAGCACUGAUUGUGAGGGAGCAAGCGAGAAUUUUCAAGUGACUACUCUUUCUGGUAAAGGAAAGAUAGAGAACCAAAGUACCGCAGAUGAUGCUGGAGGUGUCGAACUUGAAGUUAUGAAGGUCUCGAUCGAGGAAAAAACAAAGCAAGUCGAGGAACUUAAACGAACAGAUAGCAAUAAAGAAGCAUUGGCAGCAGCUAUUCAGGAUCUCAAGAAAACAACCGAGCUUGUAUCUCAGUUGGAAGCAAAAGAAAAGGCGAAAUCUGGAAAACCUACCAGCAGUGGAAAUAAAGAUAAGGUUUCUGAAGAUUUCUUCUCAUGCCAGACGUUUCUGACUGUUUCUGGUUGCCUUCAUUUGGAGAGUUACGCGUGUGCUUUGGGAAAAGUUUAUUCCUUUGGACCAAGAUUCCGAGCUAACAAAAUAGAGUCCAGGAAAUCGUUAUCUGAGGCGUGGAUGGUCGAGCUUCAAAUGGCUUUCUCAGAAAUAGAGGAUGCCGUGGAUUGUGCAGAUGACUUUUUGAAGUUCAUAUGCAAAUGGAUUUUAGAGAAUAGUACUGAAGAUCUAAAAUUUCUCUCAAAGAGAAUAGACAAUACCAUUGUGGAUCGUCUUCAAUUGAUUGCAACUGGUGUGGUUGAAUAUAUCUCUUACACUGAGGCGAUCGAAUUUCUGAAUGAGGUCACUGAGAAACAAUUUGAGACAAAAGUCGAAUGGGGCGUUUCUCUAAGUGAAGAACAUGAAAGCUAUCUAGCAGAUGAAAUAUAUAAAAAGCCAGUCAUCAUGUACAAUCACCCAAAAGAAAUUAAACCUUUCUACACGCGCUUAAAUGAUGAUGAAAAAACAGUAGCAGCAUUCGACGUAAUUGUACCCAAGGUUGGAACUCUGAUAAGAGGAAGCCAAAACGAGGAACGCUUCAAUGUAUUAAGUACAAGGAUCACUGAAAUGGGAUUGGCGAAAGAGCAGUAUGAAUGGUAUCUAGAUCUUCGCAGGCAUGGAACUGCUAAAUGUUCGGGUUUCACAUUUUUAUUUGAUUCAUUGGUUCUUUAUGCCACUGGACUCGAUGAUGUAAGAGAUGCUGUUCCAUUUCCUAGAAGUUUUGGCAAGGCCAAUAAUUGAUAAGAAAGCAUUAGAGGAUGUCUCAACAAAAUUGCUGAAGCUUGAAAGGAUGAAGAAUUUCUCUCAUUUGCAGAUGUAAAGAACUUGUAUGUAUAGUGUACAGAGCUUUGUUAAACUGAAUACUGGCUCCAUCUAUAUACUGAUGUACACAUGUGAACAUUCAAAAUUGAAUUGAGCAAUAAAGAAGAUUGAAUAUAAGGGCUUCCGCAUUGUUGUACAAAA